AUGACGGAAAGCUCAUCACUCGCUGUCUUGUUGAGACGUAACCGACCCGGAACGAAAAAGAAGGAAUUGUUUGCCUGGGAGAAGAAUGAAUCGUCAUCAACAACAUCGGGUGUGUUGAUACCAUCAUCUUCUUCAAGUAAAUCAUCCUCUUCUGGUGAUCUGAAUGAUAAAACUGAAAAUGAGGAUCAUGAUGAUUUUGAUAAUCCUUUGAUUGUACAGGAAAUUAUUCAAAAACAAAUUAGAAAGAGCAACAAAAAAGUGAAGAGAAUUAUAUCCAUUCCGAAAGUUGGUGGAAAGGGUGAUGAUGGUGAUGGCGAUGAAAACACCGCUGCUAGCUCAGGAGGAGAGCCCGCUGUGGACAAGGAUGUUUGGAUCUAUGAACACAUGAGACAAUUUAUGUUGGAAAUCAAUUUAUUCAUUCUCGCACACAAGGACGUAUGUACAAAAGAAACACAACCCGAAAUGAAAAUAUCAUCGAACAUGCUGAACAAUCCGAAAAGUAACGAAGAACUCAUGUAUUUGUGCCCUGUUUUUACACCACCAGAAUCUGUUCCAGCCAUUGAUUAUAUGGUUCACAUUCAUACACAAUCAACAAGUGUUUUGAAUGAUCCCAAGCUCUUCCCUUCAAGAACACAAAUCUCCAAGAAGGCCAUGAAAGAAAUCAAGACUCUGUGUCGAAGAGUUUAUAGGAUUUUUGCCUUCUCCUACUAUGUACAUCCCGAAGAAUUCAUUGCAUUUGAAAAGAAGACCCAUCUUGCAGAGCGUUUUCAAAGAUUCCUUAAAAAGUAUGACAUGAUGAGCUCCAAGGACUUCCUUAUUCCUGAUGAUGCUUUCAAAGCAUGA